UCAAAGAGGAGCAGAGUUUACACACUUUCAUUUUGUUGUGAUUUCUCUGAAGCUGAAGCUAUUGUUCUUAUUCUACAAACAAAUCUAACUAAUGGCAGCUAUUGUGGGAGAAAAAAUGAUCUCAAAUUCUGUAGAGGUGUUGUUAGAAAAGCUUGUUUCUGGUGAGUUCGUGGAUGAUUUUCGGAGCACAAAGCUUGACGAUUCACUCUUGACAAAGCUGAAGAAAACACUGAUGACUAUUGAAUAUGUACUUUAUAUUGACGAGAAUAAAGGGUUCACCACUUGUUCAAAAAAGAAAAAAGGGCUCACCACUUUAUUUAUUGAGGGGAAAGGGAUCAUCACCCGUUCAAAAAAAAUAAAUAAAGAGAUCACCAAUCCUACUUUCAACCAACGGUUGGAUAUGCUGAGAUGUGUUGUCUUAGAAGUUGAAAAUAAAGGGAUCAAAGAGCUAGGUGAAUCUUCUGCACGUUCUGCUCGGGUAGAUGAAUCUUCUAUUUAUGGAAGAGAUGAUGAUAGAAAGAAACUUAAACAUCUUUUAUUAUCUACUGGUUUUGAUAAUAGUAAAGUAGGAAUUAUUUCCAUUGUGGGUAUGGGAGGGAUUGGUAAAACAUCCCUUGCUAAACUGCUUUACUAUGAUCCCGAAGUAAGAGAAAAAUUUGAGUUAAAACUGUGGGCAAAUAUCUCAAAUGCUUUUGAACAUGUUAAUGAUUUUAGUGUUUUUGAAACCAUUCUUGAAUCUAUUGCUUCAAAAAAAAUCAGCGAUGAUAACUUGAAUAGACAAAAAACUGACACAAGUGAUGCGAAAAUCAUUUACCCAAAAGUUUUGCUCGUACUGGACGACGCGAGGGAUGCAGAAAUUGUCAAUCGAAUAUAUCAGAUGGAUAUCUUUAUUGCUGGGGAAAUGGGAAGUAGGAUCAUUGUUACAACUCGGAAUGAAAAAGUUGCUAUGUCCAUGAAAUACUCUCUUUAUGUUCACUAUUUGAGACCUCUCGAAAGUGAAGAUUGCUGGUCUUUAAUUGCCAGACAUGCAUUUGGACCAUGUAACUACCAAGAAAGAACCAAUCUAGAAGAAAUUGGCAGGGAAAUUGCAAAAAAAUGUGGUGGAUUGCCAUAUAUUGCACUAGCACUUGGGACUCUUCUUCGCAGCAAAAUUUCCCCAGAUUACUGGAAUUAUGUGCUAGAAACUAACAUUUGGGAAUUGACAGAUUCUGAGGUGCAAGAGGCUUUACGAUUGAGCUUACAUUAUCUGUUGCUUCCUCUAAAAGAAUGCUUUGCAUAUUGUUCAAAUUUUCCAAAGAAUUCCAUCUUAGAAAAGAAGACGAUAAUUCAGUUGUGGAUUGCAGAAGGUUUAGUAGAAUCGUCCACAAGUCAGGAGUGUUGGGAAAAAGUUGGAGAAGAAUACUUUGAUCUACUAGUGUCGAGGUUGUUGAUACAACUACGAUCUAUCGAUGAUGAGGAAGCAAACUUUGAAAUUAAUAACUUCAUGCAUGACUUAGGUACAACGGUUUCAUCACAAUAUGACUUGUGGACUCUAAAACAUAAUUUCUCUUACACUAGAGGGGAUUAUGACUCAUUAAAUAAAUUUGAUAAAUUGCAUGAAUUAAAAGGUCUACGUACCUUUCUAGCAUUACCAUUUCAAGAACAAUCUCCUCUUUGUCUACUAUCGAACAAGGUCAUACAUGCAAUGCUGCCAAGGAUGAAGAAGUUACGGGUGUUAUCUUUGUCAAACUACAGAAGUAUCACUGAGGUUCCCAACUCUAUUGGAAGUUUGAUAUACCUGCGGUACCUAAAUCUUUCUCACACACAGAUUGAAAGGUUGCCUUCUAAAACAUGCAAGCUUUACAAUCUACAGUUCUUGUUGUUGUCAGGCUGUAAAAGGCUCACUGAAUUGCCGGAAGACAUGGGAAAAUUAGUUAAUCUACUCCACCUUAACAUUAGUGACACUGCAUUGAGGGAGAUGCCCGAACAAAUAGCCAAACUACAAAAUCUCCAAAGUUUGUCUGACUUUGUUGUCAGCAGUGGAUUGAAGAUUGCAGAGCUAGGAAAAUUUCCCCAACUACAUGGAAAACUUGCAAUCUCACAGCUACAAAAUGUUAAUGACCCAUUGGAAGCUUCUCUAGCUAAUAUGAUGAUGAAAGAAAGAAUAGACGAGUUAGCUUUAGAAUGGGAUUGUGGUAGUAAUUUUUCAGAUUCAAAAAUACAAAGUGUUGUACUUGAAAAUUUGCGACCCUCGACAAAUUUGAAAAGUCUCACCAUCAAAGGCUAUGGUGGAAUCAGCUUUCCAAAUUGGUUGGGUGAUAUUUUAUUUAGCAACAUGAUGUCUUUAAGGAUCUCGAAUUGUGAUGCUUGUUUAUGGCUUCCUCCCCUUGGACAGUUGGGUAAUCUAAAAGAGCUCAUUAUUAAAGGGAUGCAAUCAAUACAGACAAUUGGUACUGAGUUCUAUGGAAGUGAUCGGUCUUCAUUUCAACCAUUCCCCUCCUUGGUGACUCUACACUUUGAGGAUAUGGAAGAGUGGGAGGAAUGGGACUUGAAUGGAGGUACAACAACAAAGUUUCCUAGUUUAAAAACUUUAUUAUUGAGUAAGUGCCCAAAACUUAGCGUAGGAAACAUGCCUAACAAAUUUCCUUCCUUAACUGAACUUGAGUUGAGAGAAUGUCCUCUACUGGUGCAAUCAAUGCCAUCAUUAGAUCGUGUAUUCAGGCAACUGAUGUUCCCUUCGAAUCAUCUUCGACAGCUAACCAUAGAUGGCUUUUCAUCUCCGAUGUCUUUCCCAACAGACGGUCUACAGAAAACCUUGAAAUUUCUGAUAAUCAGUAAUUGUGAGAAUCUAGAGUUCCCUCCUCAUGACUACUUGCGCAAUCACAAUUUUACAUCUCUUGAGGAAUUAACAAUAUCUUAUAGCUGUAAUUCAAUGGUAUCAUUUACCUUGGGCGCUCUCCCUGUCCUCAAGAGUUUGUUCAUUGAGGGUUGUAAAAAUCUGAAAUCGAUAUUAAUUGCAGAAGACGACUCCCAAAAUAGUCUCUCAUUUCUUAGAAGCAUCAAAAUAUGGGACUGUAACGAGCUGAAGUCAUUUCCCACAGGUGGAUUGCCCACUCCAAACCUCAUUUAUAUUGCAGUGUGGCAGUGUGAGAAGCUUCAUUCACUGCCAGAACCAAUGAACACUCUAACCAACCUUCAAGAAAUGGAAAUUGAUAAUCUACCAAAUCUUCAAUCUUUAAUCAUAGAUGAUUUGCCUGUCAGUUUACAGGAACUUACUGUUGGCUCUGUUGGAGUGAUUAUGUGGAAUACGGAGCCAACUUGGGAACAUCUGACUUGUCUUUCAGUGUUGCGAAUUAAUGGUGCUGAUACGGUGAAGACACUGAUGGGGCCAUCUCUACCUGCAUCGCUUCUGACACUAUGCAUCUGUGGUCUUACUGAUACACGCAUUGAUGGGAAGUGGCUUCAACAUCUCGUCUCUCUCCAAAAACUUGAGAUUAUUAAUGCUCCCAAACUCAAGAUGUUUCCUAAAAAAGGAUUUCCUUCCUCUCUUUCAGUGCUAAGUAUGACUCGGUGUCCAUUACUAGAAGCAAGUGUGCGCAGGAAGCGAGGGAAAGAGUGGCGUAAGAUUGCUCAUAUUCCCUCCAUAGUUAUCGAUGAUGAACUUAUCACAUGAGUUUCUUAUCUGGAAUUGUAUUCUCUGUCACCCCUACUUCUGCCCAAUAUUGCUGUUGUGAGAAGUCAAAUUUUCAUGUACAACCUGCAACCAAGUCCAGUCAAUGUUUUACUAAUCAUGAACAGAUGAAAAGGAGAAACAACACCUGCCGCAAAUAUGUUUGCUUGAAAAUUUACUAAGGGCUUCAAGUGGGAUUGAUUGCUUGCAACAAGAUGGCCGCAGUGGAAUCUAAGACAUGCAUUUACCGUCACCCAUGCUUGUUACAAGAGGCAAAACACAGAUGCUUGCCCGGAAGCUAGUUCAGUAACUGUUUUAUCGAUCAAGAGUGGAUGAUAAGGAGAAAUAGUGAUUUGAUCAAAAUGAAUUAGUCUCUCUUCAAGUAUCUUGCAGGAUUUAGAAAAUGAGAUACAAAUUUUCUUUUUUAAGAAAAUGAGCGAUUUUGAGAUCAAUUGUGUUGGGAUGGAGCUUGUUAAAGAUGCUGCUCAAAUUGCUACGGUUAAUGAUCUGGUCUAUCAAAAUUAAUUUAGUUUGUGGAGGUACAUUCGUCCAAUGGUUUUCUCCACAAAUCUUAAUGAUGUUUAGGGAAUAUCUACACCUUCGUCGAGAGAUCAUUGACAAUAGCCAUG